AUGGAUAAAGAGUAUGGAGUCAAAUGGUUCAAGUCAUUUGACAUUGUUUAUAACGCAUUAGAUAAUGUUGAGGCGCGACGACACGUUAAUAAGCUUUGUCUAGUAGCUGACGUGCCAUUGAUUGAGAGUGGAACUGCUGGUUUCAAUGGUCAAGUACAAGUGAUUAUCCCUGGAAAAACUGAAUGCUAUGAUUGUCAACCUAAACCUGUACCAAAAACUUUUGCAGUAUGCACUAUUCGUAGUACCCCGUCUCAGCCUAUCCAUUGUAUUGUAUGGGCCAAGAGUUAUUUAUUCAGUCAGCUAUUUGAUCAAGACUGCGAGGAGAAUGAGCAGGAUGGCGAUGAGGAUGCAGCUGCUGCUAGUGGAGAAGACAAGGAAGAGCUUAUUAAACUAAAAAAAGAGCGUAACGAGCUGAAAAACUUGCAAGAGUCCAUCCUAGAUGACGACUUUGGCAAGAAAAUGUUCGACAAGGUUUUUGGAGCCGAUAUUCAGCGUUUGUUGUCAAUGGAGACCAUGUGGAAAACGAGAAAAGCGCCAAUUCCCUUGAGUUAUGAAGAUUUGACUCAACAAGUACAAGAUGCCAAGAUUGAUGACUCGGUUUUGAAGAAAGACCAAAAAGUGUGGAGUCUGGCUGAAAACUUCUAUGUUCUGAAUCACAGUUUGAAACGUCUACAGGAUCGAUUAAAGCAACAGAAAAAGGAUUUUCCCGAUCAGUCUGCCUCUUUGUCCUUUGAUAAAGAUGAUAUUGAUACCCUUGAAUUUGUAGCAGCAGCUGCUAAUAUUCGAUCGUUCAUUUUUUCAAUUCAGUUGAAGUCCGAGUUUGAUGUUAAGCAGAUUGCUGGAAAUAUUAUCCCUGCUAUUGCCACUACCAAUGCAAUUGUAGCAGGAAUUUGCGUUCUCCAGUCACUGUUAGUACUUGAGGAUAAACUAGACGAUGCUCGUAACGUGUUUUUAUCAAGACUGCCCACUUAUCUUGUCCAGUCUGUCAAGCUACAACCACCUAAUCCCGAGUGUGCUGUGAGUGGCGUUGCUCGUACAGUUAUCAAGACGGAUCCUACAAAGCUUACUCUAGGAGCUCUGAUUGACUCGCUGCUAAAAGUAGAUCUGGGAUACUCAGACGAAGUGAGUGUUGUGACCGACCAGUUGUUGUUCGACCCUGACUAUGAUGAUAAUAUCAACAAGACGCUUGCAAAUCUCAAGAUCACGGAUGGCUCUUUCUUAACGGUAAUCGACGAAGAGGACGAUGGUAAAGUCAAUCUAGAGCUAUACAUUGACGGGGAUUCUUCCAUUGGAGACAAACCAUAUGUUCUGAGCGAGAAGCCAGUGAUUGGCCGCAAGCCAGCCAAAGAAGCUGAACCUGAAGAGGAUGAGAUCUUAUUAGAAGGUGCUGAGCCAACUCUGAAGCGAAAACUCAGUGAGGAUGCUGACACCGGAAACCCAGAUACUAAGAAGGCCAGAGUGUCGGAAACAGAAAUGGAUGACCUCAUAAUUAUCGAUGAUGACGAUGACGAUGCUAUUGAGAUUAUAGAUUAG